AUGUUCUCUCUGUUCCAACGAGCACAGACCGUGUCGAACUAUGUUCUGACACUUGUGAUGACAAUGGCUGCAGUCAUCUCUGUUUCGUGGCUUAUUCAGUUACACUUCAGUGAACACGGAUCGAUUCCGGCGCACAUUUCGGUCAACAAGGCUGUGAACACGAUGAAAUAUUCAAGGAACUUUGGAGGCCGUCCAAACUCUGGGAAAGAAAAUGUCAGAUUGGCUUUCGAUCUCACUUCAGAUUUGUCGUCUCUAUUCAAUUGGAACACUAAGCAGGUGUUUGUGUAUUUAGUUGGAGAGUAUCCUGGAAAAAAGAACGAGGUGUCCAAAGUUGUGUUUUGGGACAAAAUCAUACCGACGAAAGAAGACAGCAUUUUAGAAUUGACCGAUGUGCGCUCAAAGUAUUCUGUUUGGGACUACUAUCCUGAUCUCCACAACAAAACUGCCACCCUCAAGCUAGAGUAUAACAUCCAACCGCAUGUUGGGCCACUGAUUUGGGGCACCGCAGACGCAUUUACACAGCUACAAUUCCCACAAAUAUAA